CCAGCCAUAACUCCGCGAAGGUCCGAUCGAGCAGAAGUUUCAUUCUAUUAGCACCAUCAGAUCCAACACCACUUCUUCAACAAUGCAGAUUUCAUCGUCAAACAGCGGUCUGUUCAAUUAUGACACUAAUGGAAUCCAUGAGAAAAUUUGGCAGCGAUUACUAUUUUCUCUCUUUAGUGAAAAUGCAUAUACAGUAGAGAAGAUGCAUAUUAGGCAGUUUGUGCUCAUGAAGCAGUGGAAUAAAGUUCCUGGACAUAUCACUGUGGACCACAUGAAGCAGUGGCUCCUGGCUCAAAUAAUCUCCCUGGACAAGUUCCAGAGAAUAAAAAGUGAUAGGUUACAGGCCUGGAUCAGAUCAAAGUUCCGCUUUCUGAACCAGCUAGAGAAAGAAGUCUGUAAGGAUCUCAUUGAAGAGAUGCGCCUUUCACAGCUGCUUGGGAGGAGGGUCACACUGGAAGGUGUACAAUUGGUUUUUUCAGUCAUGUGUCCGGGAGCAGAGCGACUUGUUGAGACGUCGUUGCAGCAACUCUUCCACGGGCUGCAGGCGUUGUUUAACGUGAACGGCGUCGAGCUUGAGAAGUUAAUGCCAUACAUUGAGUUCCAACUCGCAACUGCCCACUUGCUGGCAGAGGUGGUGAACUAUACUGUCAGUGUUUUCCUGAAUAUCCAGGAGCUACCUGCUGACUGGCACAUAGGCCAGGACCCCACUUCAGCGCCUUUGACAAGAAGGGCUGAGGCUCCCAGUGUGAUUUGCAGAAUGCUGAAACAGGCACUAACUUCAUGCUACUGCCUAAGUCAACAAUUGAGUGAAAGCAGGCUCGUCCACACCUGCAUUUGGAUGGUUUGUGAGAAAAUGACCGACAGCAUUUUUAGAUACUUUGCUGAGGGCAUUAAAAGCUCCCAGCUGCUGGACUUCGACCAAAGCUUUUUUAUUGCACCAGGCAGAAUUAUGAGGGGCAUCAAGGACAUGGUCUCUAUUGUGAUGAUCAACAAUUACUUUUUACAGUGAAUAGUGUGCUUGGUGCAGCAUGUAAAUAAUAUAUAUUGUUUUUGUGUGUGCUGAAGAUUCAAAUGAUGCAGUUUAUGUUUAAGCAGCAUGAGGACUCCCAUGCAUCUCAGUUAUUUAUGUUUAUAUAUAUAUAUAAAUGUGUCGUUACAGAUAUAGACGUUCUAAU